AUGGUAAAGCUCUUAUUUGAACGUGUUUAUUAUUACUGGCGCCAUGCCAUGUACGGGCAUGUUCACAUACUUUGUGCCUCAUUCAUUAAGAACCAAGGAUCUGAUCCACAGUUCUUGAUUUGGGAUGCACUUGCAUCUGGAGCUGAAGGCAAAACUAGCGCUGGUUUGGCAACUCUCGACAAGCUCAAGUCAAUGCUACAAGCACAGCUCGCAAUAGCAUACGCAAAACUAUGGAUCCACAAGCAAGCAAAAAUGCAAGAUUUUGCUUCAAUUAGUGAAAUUGAAUCAACCUUAGACGGAUUAAAGAAUUCAGCAUCAGCAUCAUCGAUCAUUCAAGCAGCUCAAAUUUGUUGGUUAACACGAGAUUAUGAAACAGCUUUCAAUCUUGUACAGCCGCUGACUUCUACUCAACCAGCGAACAAGGACGCAUCAGCUCUUGUUGGCUGGAUUAAACUUACAGAAGGUGACCGAAAUAGCGGCCGCUGGUUCGAUCUUGCAAAUUCCGACGCUUCUGUUACUGCUAGGAACAUCGAUCCAUUCGUUAUCUACGGCAAAGCAUUAUACUUCGCAAAUGUUAACAAAUGGCAAGAGUCAUUAGCUUCUCUUGUUCAAUUAUCCGGAAUUAGUGAUUUCCCAGAAGCGAACUUAGAAAGGGCUCGUGUAUAUCUGUCAUCGAGAAGCUGGGAACUUGCAUUAGAAGCUGCUCAAGAAGGCGCAGGACAUUACGUCAGCGACGCAGAGAUUCAUUUUCUGACUGUCCUUUACGAAUUAGGCAUUACAGGAAAUCUUGAAAGUGCCAGGAAUUCAACAAAGAGUUUGUGCGAAGUUAUUGCUAAAUACGAAGCCGAAAAUGCAGAAUAUAUCGCUCAUGUUACACAAGUCAUUCUUGGCUUAUCCUGGUCUGAUAGACAAAUCGUCGAUUCAUUGCUUAGCUUAUUCCCACGCGUUGUAGCCUCCAAUCAAGAGAAUCCGAAUAUACAAAACGUAUAUGGCCGUCUUUUGAUUGCUGUUGGCCGCGCUAAGGAGGCUGUUGAAGUUCUCCAGCAAGCAGUCGUCCUCGAUAGCGAAAAUGACAACGCUUUCUCCGGACUUGUCAACGCAUAUAUUCUUAUGAACAACAUGGCCGAUGCCCAGAGCCAAUUGGACUUCCUAGAAGCCAUGAACGGCACGAACGGUCCUGGCCUUGCACUUCACACUCUCAAGCAAAAGAUCGCUAGAUUGAACAGAUUACCGCAAGAUGUUGAUUCUCUUCUCGGCGCAAUGAAGAGCCACGUCGAAACAGUCUACAAGAAACUCAAUACCUCAGUACAAUCGGAAGGAACUCAAUACAAAAUACAAGUCGACAGAUUUACAGAUAUGAUCAUUAUUUUGAAACUUCCUGAUUUCGAGGAUGCAAUGACAGAAGCCAUGGAGCAUUGUUCAACACUGGAUAAGACAGUUCCUGAUCCAAGAAACGGUCCAGUUUGCGAUCUUAUUGAAAUGAUGCUUGAUUUCGUUCCAGGAGCUGUUCCUUUCUCAUACUACCUUGCUAUUCUUGGUUAUGGUGAAGGCCGCUACGUACAGGCCACAAAAGCCAUCCAAUUUGUGUUGAAUUCUCAUUGGGGAUACAAUGCAUCGCAUUGCCACUUGUUACUUGCACAAAUCAGAUUGCAGAUGAAGCAGUUUGAUGAAGCCGAAGCUGCUCUCAACAGAGCUGUCUCUUUUGACUUCGGAAUCAGAUCAUCCCUCAGAUACAACAUGAUUAUGGCCCAAUUAUGCGAUUCCCAUGGCCAAUACGAUAAAGCCGUAGAGACAGCAACAAACAUUACUAAAACAGGAGAAUACAUCGCAGCCAAAUCUCCUGAAAAAUUAAAUGUCAUUUUGUUUAUCGCUCACGUCCACAAGAGAGCCGGAAACUUCAAUGCAGCAUUAAGCACUGUUGACGAUGCACUCACAAAUUUCACAGAACCAGACCAAGUCGGCCAAAUUAAAUUAUUCAAAGCGUCACUUUUGGCAAAAAGUGACUAUGUUCCUGACGGUCUUGCCAUUUUAGAUUCCUUUGAUCAGAAGUCUGAAUUAUUCUCCGCAGCAUGUAAAUCAGCCGCCAAGAUCUAUCUGAACAUACUUAAAGACAAAGCCGCCUACAUCAAAUGUUUCAAACAACUCGCAGAAGUUGUUCCGAACAAAACAAACUUUUUGUUACUUGGCGAUGCAUUGAUAAACGUUAAGAGAUUUAACGAAGCCGUUGAAUGCUUCAAGAAGGCUUUGCAGGAUGAUCCACGCGAUGGACAAGUUGCUCUUCAUCUUGCACGUGCAUACAUGAUUGUUCACGCGUUUGAUGAUGCUCUUGAAGCUUACGACCACGCGAUCAAAGUUUCCAAUGACAACAAAGUUCUUCUGGAAUAUUGCAGAACAAUGUACAAACUCAGAAGAUACCCAGAAGCACAAGAAAUCGUUGGAGAAACAAUGGAUAACAUCGAUCCUGAUUCCGCUGACUGGGAAUCUGUUUUCAUUUAUGCUCAAUUCGCUGAAUUAAUGUCUUUGAUUGAAUUGGCUGAUGGAUCUGAUGAAAACUCCAGUGAAUAUCUAUCAGACGCAUUGAAAUGCUAUGAUAGAUUGACUGCUCCAAACAGAAAUGAUAUCCCUGGCGAUAAAAUGUUGGAAGUAAAAACAAAAGCAUCGACAUUAUAUCAAAAGAAUGCAGAUGCUUUGUUACAACAAGAUAACCGUGAAGAAGCAAUCAAAUGCUUAAAGAAAGCAGCAGAAUUAGAUGAUUCUUCAUCAAAGGCAUCAUUGCAACUCGCGAAAUUAUUAGUUGAAGAUGAUAAAACUCAAGAAGCUGUUGAAAUUUGUCAACAAAUAUUGAGAACUAAUCCGAAAUGCGAGGAAGCAACAGUUAUUCUUGCCGACAUCAACUCUAAUGAGUCAAUACAAGAGUUGCAACAGACAUUUAACGAGAAUCCAACAUUCUUUAGAACACUUGUCAGAUUAAUAGAAUUAUGUGCAAGAGCCGGCCAAUUAUCAUCGAUCCCUGAGUAUUUAGAGAAAUGCGAUAAAUCAUUGGGUGGCUACACUUUCUGUUUAGGAUUGUACGAGUAUUACAUGGGCAAUCCACAGAAGGCCAUCGAGCAUUUCUAUUCAUGCAGGAAUGAUCCUGAUUGGGGAGAUGUUGCCCACAUUUACAUCUUCCACAUCAAAGCAAAUCCAUCUCAGAAAUUUGUUUGGUGCGAAGAAAAACCAUUGGCAAUGCAGAAAGACAUUGACGGUGCAGAGAAUACACUCAGGAAAUUCAGAAAUGCAGGACACGACACACAGAUGAUGGAAGCAACACUUUUGUUAUCAAAGAACACACAAGAAACUGUUCAACAAGCUUUGGAAAUUUAUCAAAGCAUGAAAAGUGACGCUCCUGAUGUAUUGAUUGGAAUGUGUCGAUGCUUCAUCAGAUUAGGUCAACAACAACAAGCAACGAGAUACUUGAAUUCAUUAAUUCAUGAUAAACCAAUUGCUUCCGAAAUAACAAGCUAUGUUGAAGCGUUUUUGAUGAUGACUUAUAUCUCUAUCAAAGACAACAUUUUGGAUGAUGCUGAAGAAUACGUUAACAAGGCAGUUAACCUUGAUAAGAGUUGCAGAAAGGCUUGGGAAAUGAUGGCACAGAUCUACGAAAAGAAGAAACUCCACGAAGAAGCUGCAGCAGCGUUAAGUACUGCUUGGGAACUUACUUCUAAAACUGAUUGUUACAUCGGUUACAAACUUGCUUAUAACUAUAUGAAGGCACAACAACCUGUGGAAGCAAUUAAAGUAGCAAGAGUUGUUUUGAAAAUUCACCAGAAUUACCCGAAGAUCAAAGAACAGAUUCUUAUCCCUUGCUGCGCACAGAUUAGACCAUAA